CCUGGACGGGUUCUCAUCCCUGACUCGUGGUCUCCAGUAGAGCAGAGAGGAAGGUCACGGCCGCCAUGGAGCCCAGGGUUCUCUGCGUCCUGCUGUUGGUGUCCACACUGGCCCUCAGUUCCUUGGCCCAGGGCCAGCUGGAGACGUGCGUCGUGGAUCCUCACAAGAGGACGAACUGUGGCUCCCCGGGAAUCACGCCCUCCCAGUGCAAAGAUAAGGGCUGCUGCUUCGACGACACUGUGCGUGGAGUCCCGUGGUGCUUCUUCCCCGUGGCCGUGGACAACCCGCCCGAAGAGGAGUGCUCCUUCUAGACGCGCUUCGGCUGAGCCUCGCCAGGAGCGGCCAUGGCCUCCCCGGUGGCCGGGAGCCCAGCCCUCGGGGCCUCCGCACCUGCACCAGCGCUCACGGCGUGGACGGACUCACACACUCCCCUGCUCGAAAUUGGCUUAAAGAUUAAAAGAC